CCUUAGCUUAUGAAAAGCUUAUCAGCUGGGACCAUUAGUCCACAACCGGAAUUGACCAGUACGCCUCCAGUUUAACUAUGGCGCGGCGCACAAUGUCUCUCCUCCCUCAGUGGACCUCUCGUGUUUUCUCGGUGGAGCUGGAUGGAGCGCUCCACUAUUUCGCCAUACAGGAGAAGCACCGGGGAGGGGAAGUUCCAGGGGUGUUCAGAAAAGUACGAAACCGUGAUAGGUGCUACUCUCUCCUCGUCUGCAGCGGCGACAGAAUCAGAAGAGCCAAGUUCUACGGGGAGCUGAGAGACAAAUUGCAGAGACACUUGUCCCCGGGGUGCGAUCUGUCUCCCAUGUCCUCGUUUCUGCCAAACGUCAAGGAUUCUCUCAUCAAGGGCUAUUUUUUAAAAGAUAGCUCUGAGAGUUCCUCCCCUACAGAACGACUCUUGCGAGAGUUAACACAGCACGACCCGGUGCUUGUGUGUUCAUACUUGAGGGGUGAAGACGGUCAGCUUUGGACUCAGCAUCUGUGGCCACCUGCAGAGAGCCAGUUGGUGGAAAUGUCUAAGGAUUACUAUGUGGUACCAUCAGAAGCGCCAGAAUAUCAUCCAUCUGUUCUCAACAUCAUCAACUCGGAUGUUUUCUACAGUCUUGAUGACGCCUAUGAAGUCAUUAAAAAGUGCGGUGACAUCAUCCCAGAGGCCAAGUCUGUGCUGGAGCUGCUGCCCAGCAGAGCAGAGGCCAGAAGUAAACCAGACCACCCUGUUAUUGUCAUAGAAGGCCUGGAUGCCACAGUUCCACACCCUCUCCCCAUCACAGGUAAGACCACUCUGACCGAGUCUCUGAGGGAUACUCUAGGGGCUGUUUUACUGCGGUCCCCUCCCCAGUGCCUGUCCCCCUGGAGGGCCCGCUUUGAUCAGGAGCCGCCCCUCAUCCGCAGGGCCUUCUACGCUCUGGGGAACUACAUCACAGCAGAACAAAUAGGCCAGCAGGGCAUGAAGACACCUGUCAUCGUUGACAGAUUCUGGCACAGCACAGCAGCCUAUGCCAUCGCCACAGCAGUCAGCGGUCCACUGUCAAACCUUCCAACUGAGGGUUCGGAGGUGUACCGUUGGCCCAGUGACCUGCUCCAGCCCAGCCUGGUGGUCUUACUCACUCUGGACCCUGAGGAGAGGAAGAGGAGGCUGAGGAACAGAGGUCUAGACGAGACUAAAGAAGAGCAAGAGCUGGACCACAACCAGCUUUUCAGACUCAGAGUGGAGGAGGCUUACCGAAGGAUCAGUGGCCCAGCUUGCAUCACCGUGGAUGCUAGUCCUCCUGCAGACCAAGUGCUCCAACAAGUGCUGCUUUUAAUUAGGGGCAAAUGCCACUUGUAAACAGUUCUCCAUCUCCCCUGCUGCCGGCCAAGCAUCAAGUGGAUGUGGUACCACCUGUCACCACUGGGUGCCAGUAAGGUGUUGUGGAUGUGAUACUGGGAGGCAUGCUGGCCAGAUUGGACUGUGGAGAAGAGACGCAAUUCAGAAUGAGUAAAGGUUGAAUGGCCAGGGGCCAGAGCCGCAUGCUACAAUCAGAAAUACAUAUUCAUGAAGACACACAUACACAUGCACGGAUUCUGAGCCACACACAUGCACACAGACACACAAACAAAAGUAUUGUCAAGAAGUGUGCAUUUAACUGCUGUUGUGACCUCUCGGAAAUCAGACAGAGUGUAGCUGCAUUUAUUAACAACCACUUGUACUUGGACUGACACUGAGGAAAUGGACUGAAACAUUUAUAUAAGCACCAGUCACACAGAUACCACACAAGUUCACAAAGUUCAAAAUGUACAAGAAACACAAAAAUAAAAAUCAUUUAAAUAAACUGUAUUUCAGAUUAAA